CAGACACUAAGUAGGACAGUACUUUUUAUCCACACGCCACCCUUGGCACAACUGCAUUUUGCUAAAGAUCGGUCAUGCCAGAGGAAGAACCAUCCCUGGGCUUCAUGACCACCACGACUGACCGUACCGCUGGCGGGCGCAAGGAGACUGUGUGGGUGGACGAACCCCAGAAUUCGCCCAUCCUGUCACCGGGCGGCACAAAGUUCCGCAAGGGCCGCCGCAUUUGCCACCUGGUGUAUCUAGUGAUCUUCCUCGUGAUCGGUGGUAUCACAGCACUCGUCAUCGUCACCACCUCAUCAUCACAGCACUCGUCACCACCUCAUCAUAAAGAUGACGAAUUGGCGGCAAAUGUGGCCAUUUUGAAGCUGCCCGUGUUCAAGUACGCGUGCACGGAGAAUCAGUGCGUGUACCAGAACUUGACCAAGGCCGAGGUGCUGUCGGGGGUGCCGACGAUGGGGGACGGACUCAUGAGUCUGCGGGUGUGCGAGAUGACGUGUGGCAACGGCAGCAUGUUGCCAAUGCCGCAGUCCAUCGCGAUCGCGAGCAAGCCGGGGGAAACGGUGGCCGUGGACGUGACGUCGUUCUCGCACCAUGUGACGACGUCCGACAGCGCCUUAGUCAAGGCCAUGCAGGCCGCGUUCAACGAGCACAUGGCCGCCAAGCUCAAGCUGGCGGUAGGUGGCGUCCAGGACAAGGGCGCCAGCGUCAACGUGGUGGGCACCAUCGCGUCGGCCAGCACGGCGCUAGGUCUGGACACGGACGAGUCGUACGAGGUGUCGAUCGCAGCGACGACGGUGACGAUCACGGCCAAGACCGCGUUCGGGUACCGCCACGGUCUUGCGAGUGUGGUGCAGCUGGUGGACUGGUGCGACGUGUCCAGGAGCUUCCGCAUGGUCAAGGCUGUGACGAUCCAGGACAAGCCCGCGUACAAGUACCGAGGCGUGAUGCUGGACACGGCGCGCAACUUUCACUCGAUGGCGGCCAUAAAGCGACUGGUGCGGACCAUGGGCAUGCACAAACUCAACAUGUUCCACUGGCACAUCACCGACUCGUCGUCGUUCCCGAUCGAGAUCAAGUUUGAGCCCAAGUUCAACUUGUACGGCAACUACCAGAGCGACAUGGCGUACAGCCAAGCCAACGUGCGGGAUAUUGUCGCAUAUGCCAAGACCCACGGGGUACAAGUGAUCCCCGAGGUGGACGCGCCCGCGCACGCCGGCGCCGGGUGGCAGUGGGGCCCCGACUACGACGUGGGGGAGCUCACGCUGUGCUGGGCCAACAACCCAUUGGCCUACAACGAGUGCUACGAGGCGCCGUGCGGACAGCUCAACCCGAUGAACGAACACGUGUACGGCCUGCUGGACAAGGUGUGGGUAGAAAUGGCUGACAUGUUCGAGUCAGACGUGCUGCACAUGGGGGGCGACGAAGUGUUCACCAAGUGCUGGAAACGGUCCCCUGUCGUGUCGGACGCAGUGGCCAACACGACGGACGACGCUGAGUACUUUGAAAUUUCUGCCAAGUUUCAAGAACGCGUCCAAACGAACCUGUGGAAGCACGCGCCAUCGCGUAAAGUGAUGCUAUGGUCGAGUGAGUUGACGUCCUCGCUGUACUCCAAGUACCUCCCCAAAGACAAGAUCAUCGUGCACACCUGGGCAGGGAUUCAAAAUGGCAACGAGCCCCGGCACAUGGCGGACGCAGGCUACCAGUACGUGGCGUCGUUCCAGGAUCGGCACUACCUAGACUGCGGCCACAACGGCAUCGACCGCAAAGACAACGGGUGGUGUGCGCCAUACAAGACGUGGCAAGUCAUCUACGAGCAGGUGCUCAACCCCAACAUCACGGAGGACCUGAUGCCGCUGGCAUUGGGGGGAGAGUUGGUGCUGUGGACCGAAGUGUCGGGGGAGGCAUCCAUGGACGUCCGCAUCUGGCCCCGAGCCGCCGCGUUGGCCGAGCGCGCGUGGACCAACCCGACGACGCGGUGGGAUAAGGCGAUGGCCCGGAUGACCAUCGCCACGUACCGCGUGGUCGAGAGCGGGUCCGGAUCUGACCUGAUUCAGCCGCACUGGUGUCGCCAACACCCCGGCGAGUGCCCGUUGAUUGUGUGGCCACUAUAGAGGCUGUACAGUACAUGUGUACGGGGGCGUUGUUAUUAAGCCGAGGCAUUUUGGAUUUGACCAUUCGUACUGCACACUUUUAGCUCAAAUUAGUAUCGAAAUGUCUCUAUUUUCAAGGUGCAAAACCAUUUGUAGUACUUCUGAUGUAUUAUUAAUAAUAUAACGACUUGUAU